AAUCCAACUCACUCUCCUCCCACUUCCCCCCAUUCACAACCUCUCCUCUUCUCCCGUCUCCCCCAUUUCCCUCAAUUUUCUCUCUCCUACCUUCUUUCUUCUGCAACUCCUCUUUCCGGCAUUUCGUCGAACACCUUCCAAUCAAUUGCCCAGAAAUUCAUCUCAUCAACAACUUCAACAAUGUCGCUUCGACCCAAUUCCAGAACCGAGGUCAGGAAGAAGUCUUACAAACUUGGCGUCGAUGCUGACGAAGCUCGCCGUCGUAGGGAGGACAAUUUGGUUGAGAUCAGGAAAAAUAAGAGAGAAGAUAAUCUUUUGAAGAAGAGGAGAGAGGGUAUGGUUCUUCAAUCUCACCCUCAACCCCUCAAUCACGAUGCUUCUCAGAAUAUCGAGAAGAAGCAGUUGGAAAGCAUCCCUAUAAUGGUGCAAGGAGUGGCGUCUGCUGAUGCUAAUAUUCAAUUAGAGGCAACCACUCAAUUCAGGAAGCUUUUGUCUAUUGAACGCUGUCCUCCAAUUGAUGAAGUCAUUAAAGCUGGUGUUGUCCCGAAAUUUGUGGAAUUUCUUGACAGGCAUGAUCUUCCUCAACUUCAGUUUGAGGCUGCUUGGGCUCUGACCAAUGUGGCAUCUGGGACUUCAGAGCACACAAGAGUUGUGAUUGACCAUGGUGCUGUCCCAAAGUUUGUUCAACUUUUAGCGUCUGCUAGUGAUGAUGUCAGGGAACAGGCUGUAUGGGCUUUGGGAAAUGUUGCUGGUGAUUCUCCAAGCUGUAGGGAUCUCGUACUGAGUCAUGGUGCACUAGUGCCAUUGUUAUCUCAACUGAACGAAAACUCCAAACUGUCAAUGCUAAGGAAUGCUACUUGGACAUUGUCCAACUUUUGUCGUGGCAAACCACCUGCACCCUUUGAACAGGUCAAACCUGCGUUACCUGUUCUUAAACACCUUAUUCAUUUAAAUGAUGAAGAAGUUUUAACAGAUGCCUGCUGGGCCCUUUCUUAUUUGUCUGAUGGCCCUAACGACAAAAUUCAGGCUGUCAUUGAAGCUGGAGUAUGCAAUCGGCUCAUGCAGCUCCUUCUUCAUCCUUCACCGACAGUUCUUAUUCCUGCUCUUCGGACAGUAGGGAAUAUUGUCACUGGAGAUGAUAACCAGACCCAGUUUGUGUUAGACAAUCAAGUUCUUCCUUGUCUUCACCAACUUCUCACUCAAAAUCACAAAAAGAGCAUCAAGAAGGAAGCAUGUUGGACAAUAUCAAACAUAACUGCUGGAAAUAAGGCUCAAAUUCAGGCCGUUAUUGAAGCUGGUCUUGUGCAACCUCUAGUGCAAUUGCUCCAGAAUGCGGAAUUUGACAUUAAAAAGGAGGCUGCAUGGGCAAUCUCAAAUGCCACAUCUGGGGGAUCUCCUGAUCAGAUACGAUUUUUGGUCACUCAAGGUUGUAUCAAACCACUUUGUGAUCUUCUUAUAUGCCCUGAUCCUCGAAUUGUCACGGUUUGCCUUGAGGGGCUAGAGAACAUACUCAAGGUAGGAGAAGCUGACAAAGAAAUGGGAAUGAAUGGCGGAGUAAAUAUCUAUGCUCAAAUGAUUGAUGAAUGUGAAGGAUUGGACAAGAUUGAGAACUUGCAGACUCAUGAUAAUAACGACAUAUAUGAGAAGGCAGUGAAAGUCUUGGAAAAAUACUGGGCUGAGGAAGAAGAGGAACAGAAUGUUCAAGAUGGUGCAGUUAUGAAUCAGCAGGGCUUCAACUUUGGUGCUACCCAACCCAAUAUUCCAGCUGGCGGUUUCAAGUUUGUUUGAAGUGGAGCUCUUGGUGGUUGUAGUCUCUGUGUCUGUUAGGCCUCUUCCCUGCACCCCAACCCCCCGGACCGAAUUUUGGAAGCUGUCUUUGCUAUUUUAGCCCCCCUUGGAGCCAGUGUUUUGGUCUUGCUCUUAGGGCUCAUUGUUUUAUUAUGAACUAUGGGUCUAUUUUGUAUUGUUUCUGCCUCUCACAGGAAAAUUUAUGUUAUACUUGGAAUUUGUAUUUAGUUGCACAAGUGUAGUCAAAAGUUUCUUGCCGUUGGCACCUUGAAUUCAUUAAAAAAUAUAAGUUUCAGGUUGGUCAUCGGGCUGAGUAAGGAGAAUGUUCUUGCUGUUUUGCUUAUGCAUAAUUACUACUAUAUGGGUGUAUUGUUCCCUUUAUUUUUAUAAUCUUUUGGUAUUAGUAAAGCUGUAAAGAUUGAACUCCAUGUCUAGUUAUUUUUUUUCAACUUGUA